GUACGCAUUCAUUUAUUAAGCUCGUGAUUAAUCAAAUAGGGUUUGAUUUCUAGGGAGAAGGGAAAAGGAAGGAAAAUGGUGUUCAAAUUUGCCACCUUCGAUCCCAGACAAGAUCCCGAUGAUUUCAACCCUGCUUUUCCACCUACUCCAUCAUCAUCAUCCUCAGCAACACUUUGUCAGCCAUGUGAAUCCACUUGCUCUUUCACCAGAGCCGUCAUCGGCCGACUUGUUUCUGCCGGUGCUUCUCUUGUCUUGACAUCUCCAGCUGUUGCAGUCGAUGGUCAUGAGAUUCAAGACCAAUCCCCAGAGACGCCAUUUCAUAGUAUCAAUUUCGAUGUCCAUCCAGAAUUUCACCCAAGACAGCUUAAAGAGUUUACUCUGCAGGAGUUGAAGGUGGCUAGCCUAAAUUUCAGCAACACGAAACUUUUAGGCAAAGGUGGAUUUGGCGAUGUCUAUGAGGGCCAGUUAGCUGAUGGCUCUCUAGUUGCAAUCAAAAGAUGCAAAGAACUCUGUCAGGUUCUUAUGCGCCAGUUCAAUGCAGAAGUAAUGAUUGGUAGCAUCAUACCCCCACAUCGCAAUCUGCUUCCCUUGCUCGGAUUUUGCAGAACGUCAGAAUCCACAGAGUUACUGCUCGUCUCCCCCUUCAUGAUCAAUAAAUGUCUGGCAUCGUGCUUGAGAGAGCGACCUGAUACACAACCUCCGCUGGACUGGCCUACCCGAGUAAAAAUAGCCACAGGAGCUGCAAGAGGGCUGUGCCAUCUUCAUGAUCUGAGCAUAUUGCACCGAGAUAUCAAAGCUGCAAACAUUAUGUUGGAUGAGGAAUUUGAGCCUUGCAUUGGAGACUUUGGGUUGGCCUUGUUCAUCGAUCGCAGGCACGAUGGAUGCUUUGAGGAUUGCGUCCAGGAGGCACCCGUACUUCCAAGGGACAAAUCCAGAGCAAGAUCCUACCAGGACUAUUCUGAUGUCACAACGGCGGUACGUGGCACAUUUGGACAUAUUGCACCAGAGUAUCUCAAUACCGGGAAAUGCUCAGUGAAGAAUGACGUCUUUGCUUUUGGGGUAAUGAUUCUGGAACUCGUGACUGGACGAAAGGUGCUUGAUUUUUUAAGGCUUGGAAAGAACAUGGAUCUGAUGUCAUUCGAUUGGGUAAAUAGGCAUCUUGAAGAGCGUAGUUUGGAAAAUCUAGUUGAUUCCGAUCUGAAGGGUGAGUAUGACGAGGAGGAGAUAGAGAAAUUGAUCCAGCUGGCUCUUUUGUGUACACAAUUAGCCCCAGGAGAACGACCAUCCAUGGUACAAGUUCUCCAACUACUCGAAGGACAUAGCAUCGAGGAGAAAUGGAAGGAGUAUCAGCUUAAAUAUAGGUCUCAGGAGCCGUCUCUUCAUAAUAUACACAGAGACUGGAUUAUACCGGACUCCACUUCGCAUCUUAGAGCUGAUGAGUUAUCUGGACCCAGAUAAUAUAAUUGUUAAGGGAACAACUUGGCCCAUUCUAAGUAGAGCGAGCUCCCAUUCUAAAUAGAGCGAGCUCUCAUAUAUCUCAAUAAGGUGUCCCACCUGAUUCGGGAUUUAAGAUGAUGUCAUUGUUCAUAUGUAGCUAAGCUAAAAAUCACCAAUGACGAGAAUGUCAUCGCUUAUAAUGAGAAGAAAUUUAUACCGACAAGCAUGUAAUCUACCUGCCUGAGUUACGAGACUCCACAAAUUCUGUUGUUUUUA